AUGAUGACGUCUGAAUCUCGGCAAGGAGGAGCUAUCCCUUCAACCACUGAAUACUACAACCUCGGGCCAUUCAAGCUAGACAUCAGCACCAAGAGCGAAGAUGCGCAAGUGUGGUUCAACCGCGGCUUGAUAUGGGCCUAUGCAUUCAAUCACGAAGAAGCGGCCAUUUGCUUCGAGCAGGCUAUAGCACACGAUAAUUCUUGUGCAAUGGCUUACUGGGGGUUAGCAUAUGCCCUGGGCCCAAACUACAACAAGCCGUGGAAGACAUUUGAUGAGAGUGAUCUCAAAACAACGGUGCAGCGGACUUAUAAAGCCUCUAAAGAUGCAAAAGCAAAUGCCGCUAGUACGACAACUCUCGAGCAGGCGCUUAUCGACGCUAUCCAAUUUCGCUUUUCGCAUGAUCACCCAGUCAAGGAUUUCUCUGCCCAAAAUCUAGCCUACGCUGACGCUAUGGAAUCAGUCUAUGAACGGCAUCCGGACAGUAUUGACGUAGCAACUCUCUAUGCUGACGCGAUGAUGAACCUGAGCCCAUGGCAACUAUGGGAUCUCCACACUGGGAAUCCGAGCCCGGGCGCUCGCACGUUGAAGAUCAAGAGUGUUCUUGAGCGCGCUUUGGACCAGGAUGGAGCGUAUCGACACCCAGGUCUGUUGCAUAUGUACAUCCACUGCAUUGAGAUGUCUCCGAAUCCAGAACUUGGAUUGAAUGCGGCAGAUCAUUUAUGCGACCUGAUACCCGAUGCUGGUCACCUCAGCCACAUGCCUUCGCACCUAGAUAUCCUCAUCGGUGAUUACCGGCGCGCAAUUGCCUGCAACCAGAAAGCCUCAAUUGCCGAUGAAAAGUUUCUAAGCCGAUCUGGUCCGAACAACUUCUAUACCAUGUACCGACUCCACGAUUACCACUCCUUGAUUUAUGCGGCAAUGUUUGCGGGCAAGUCUAAGAUCGCGCUUGAAGCUGUAGCGAGAAUGGAAGCAUCUUGUCCCGAGGCUUUGCUGCGUGUCCCGUCACCUCCUAUGGCAGAUUGGCUUGAGACUUAUAUGUCGAUUGGUGUUCAUGUCUUGGUUCGCUUUGGGAUGUGGCAAGAUAUUAUCCAGAUGGAGUUACCUACUGAUCGUCAGUUGUACUGUGUCACUACAGCUAUGAUUCAUUACGCAAAGGGUGUGGCAUACGCCGCAACCUCCAACGUGCAGGAGGCGGAGAAAGAGCGGAUUCUAUUCAAAUCUGCUGUUGAGCGAGUUCCAGCCACCCGAUCGGCUUAUCCUAACAACUGUGCUGAUAUCUUGGCUGUGGGUGCUGCUAUGCUGGAUGGAGAAAUCGAAUACCGCCGCAAAAACUAUGAGGAAGCAUUUGCAAGUCUUCGCAAGUCCAUCGAACUCAGUGACACUCUUAUCUACAGUGAGCCAUGGGGUUGGAUGCAGCCACCGCGCCAUGCCUACGCUGCACUAAUGCUGGAGCAAGGACAUGUUGAAGAAGCCGCAAAAGUGUAUAGCGCAGACCUUGGUCUUGACGGGAUCCUGCCUCGUGCUCAUCAACAUCCAAACAAUGUCUGGGCUCUUCAGGGCUAUCACGAGUGUUUGACACGCCUUGGCCGCAAGACAGAGGCGCGCCUCAUAGAGCCACGGUUAAAAAUAGCCCUUGCGGUUGCAGAUAUUCCAGUCAAAUCAUCCUGUUUUUGCAGGCGUGAGACGCCUAGUUUGUCUGGUGGAGCUUAG